GUGGCCUGGCAACCAGAAGAGGCUUUACCAAACACACAGAUCCUCUAUCAGCAAGCAUUCGAGCUAGCUACAAAAGCUAGCUUCUGUUAUUUUCCGGAGAGAUUUAACCAUCCAAAUACCGCCAUGUCUUCAAGGACUCUGCCGUUGCUUUUCAUCAAUCUCGGCGGUGAAAUGCUGUACAUCCUGGCCCAGCGGCUUCGAGCUCAGAAUACUCCUGCUGACAAAGCUAAGAAAGUUAUGAAUGACAUCAUCACAACUAUGUUCAACAAAAAGUUUCUGGAAGAGCUUUUUAAGCCACAGGAGCUUUACUCCAAGAAGGCCCUGCGGACUGUGUUUGACAGGCUGGCCCACGCAUCCAUAAUGAGACUCAAUCAAGCUAGCAUGGACAAGCUCUAUGACUUGAUGACCAUGGCUUUCAAGUACCAGGUGCUUCUAUGUCCACGGCCUAAGGACAUCCUCCUAGUGUCCUUCAAUCACAUGGAUGCAAUCAAGGACUUUGUGAAAGACACUCCCAACAUUCUCAGCCAGGUUGAUGAGACAUACCAACAGCUCGUAGAGAUGUAUACACCAUUGUCUAGUGGUGAAUUCCAGCUCAUUAGACAAACUCUUCUCAUAUUCUUCCAGGACAUGCAUAUAAGGGUGUCUAUUUUCCUAAAGGACAAAGUGCAGAACUCCAAUGGCCGCUUUGUCCUUCCCACCUGUGGUCCUGUGCCUCAUGGAACACAAGUCCCUGGAUUGAUACGGCUGUUUAGCUGUACUGGUGAGGAGGUGACCAGGCUGCAGUUCAAUAAUGGAGGGAACUACACUGCUGCUCUCCGGGAAGGCUCUUUUGAGACAUUUGGAGACAGGGUCACCAAACUAGGCACAAACAUGUACAGUGUAAGUCGUCCAGUGGAAACUCACAUGUCAGGAACAUCUAAAAAUUCUGCUCAGCAUACUAAGAUCAAUACUGCCCCAAACCCUCUGGCCAAAGAAGAGCUGAAUCUAUUGGCCAAGUUAAUGGGAGGGUUAGAAAUUCAGAAACUAGGAAACGCAGACAGUGGCUUUCGAGUCAACCUCUUUGCCACAGAUGAGGAAGAAGAAGAGGCGUUAAUAACAAGGCCAGAUGAGCUUUCGUAUGGAGUCAUAAACAUCCAAGCAACAAAGGACCAACAGGCCAAUGCUGAGCUGGCCAAGAUUAUGGGAGAGUUCACAGAGUCUGGAGAUCAAUCUCCCAGCGCCAGCAGCAAAGGCGAUGACCUCCUAGCCAUGAUGGACGGUCUGUGAAUCAGUUAUUCUGACAGAAAUGCCCAGGGGAUGGGGCACAAUGCAUUGUCCACAGUCUGCUCUACUGUAGACCAGUGUGCUGUCUGUACCUGCAAAUAUCCUGCAGCAACCUCACAUGCAGCCAGAAAACCUUCUUCUUUGGGUGCUUCUAAAAUACAGACGUGAGCAGGCGUUUGCAUCAGUUGUUAAAUGACCAACUGCAAAUGCGCAUAGUUAAUAAAUAAUGUGUGGUGAGCCAAGCUUCAAGCUGUAAUACACUGUAAUAGUGUGUUUGCUAUAAACUGAGAGGAGAUUCAGUGCAUCAAGAUAUACAGUAGGCCCUGUCAGUGUGAUGAACAUGUGUCUGUGGUAAUAGCAAGACAUCUGUUUGUGCAAUGUCAAGAUAUUGCAUUUUCCGUAUCUGACUAGGACUGCACUGAUGUACGCAAAAUCACAUUCCUUUAAUUUCACAUGAGAUGAUUUGUGUUAAAUGUCAGAAAUGCAUCAUAAUUUUUAUUGUUUUUGAGCUUAUAGUGAGUAUUUAUGUUUGUUACAUGGUUUGAAGAGGGAGUUUGUUAACUUCUUCUGUAAUCUAAUUAACAGGUUAUUAAAUCAUACUGUGGGGAAUCAAAGGAAACCCAAGUGCUCUUUCUAUUCCCUUAUAGUGUAUCUUUAUUUUGUAAGAAAUGUUUAUCUGACCUCACACUGUACUACCUUAAAAUAGGAUGAGGGGCAACCCGUAAGACUUUGGGAUAAAACACAGAAAUGUGCUCAUUGAUGAGUGUUUUAUUAUACAAUACAGAAACAUGCAAUAUAUGUAACAUUCUCAUAUAUAAAUGUUUAUUGCAA